CAUUCAAUGUCUUUCCCGUUUCUCCUUCGGAGGCCAUUUUCUACAAGCACCAGAUGUGCCUACAGGGCUAAGAAUAUUCCCGAGGAUAUCAUCGCGAAUGCACUCACGAAAUACCCAGUAAGACGCGGUCGUCCCAAGAAGGCAGACAUCGAGGACAUCAACCCCGAAGUUGAGCCUCAAAGUGCCUCGACUUCGAAAGUUGUCCGCAGACCCAAUGCACGGAAAGGUCACAUACAACUCCCGGUCAAUAGGGUUGAUCUUCCCCCGCGUACGGAGUGGCGACACUACUUUCUCACCGCCGGCAUGACGCUGAAAAGCCGUAUUUCCAUCUCUAACCCCGAAACGGCGGCACUAGUUGCAGAUUCGUUCGUUCCUAAAGGCUCGAGGGAUAAAGUUAUCAUAGAAGCGUAUCCCGGUCCUGGCGCGUUAACUCGUGCUUUGAUGCAGUUACCGAAAGAGCGAAUCAGAAAAAUCAUUGUGCUUGAGGAUACAGAACAAUACCUCCACUUUCUGAAGCCGCUGCAGGAAGCGGACCCUAGAGUACAAGUUUUGCCAAUGAACGGCUUUUUGUGGGACACGUAUCAUCAGCUAGACGUCCAAGGCUUCCUGAAAGACGUGGAAACUACUCCAUGGAAUCAGUCAAAUCCAUAUCUACACUUCAUUUCCCACCUUCCUAUGGAUGUCCUGGGCGAGCAGCUCUUAGCGCAACUAUUGCGUUGUGCACCAGAACAGUCUUGGCUUUUCAAACACGGUCGUAUUCCAAUGAGUUAUGUGAUGCACGACUGGGUAUGGGAUCGUAUCUCGGCGUCUACUGAGGAUCGGGCUCGGUGCAAGCUGAGCGUCAUUGCACAGGCCGUUUCUGAGUUUAAUCUCACCAUUGACCCACAACUGCUACAACCAUAUGAUGACCACUUUUUUCCUCAUGCCGUAAACCCUGCAUACUCCUCGAGAACGGAAAACAGGCGCAGAGGUACGCCAUUCGUAGCAGGUACCUUUAGACCAUUGGAGCAUCAGAUCAUUCAGCCAGGCAUGCUGGACAAAUGGGAUUACUGCCUACGGAAGCUCUUCGUGCUGAAGUGCACCCCUCUGAAGAACGCCGUUGGUCAUCUAGCGCCCGGAUCAGACAUUCUCAAGUCCUACCUCACGAGCGAUGACGUUCCACUCGAACAGAGGACUGACAUGAAGAAGAUCAUCAAGAAACUGAAUGUAGAGGACUGGGCUGCCGUCGUCAGUGCCUUCGAUCGGUGGCCCUUUGCACCUGAGGAACUUUUGAUCACGGAUUCUUUCAGCAGAGACGAGCGUAUAUAGCGUUUUAGUAUGGCAUUGCUCUUCUCCUGGACGUAUCAGUCGGCGAGGGGUCGUGUCUGGCGGGUCUCGGUGUCUUAUCGGUAAGAA